AUGGCGGCCGCGGAGCCGCCGGGCGCCGCGCACCUCGCGCAGCUGGCAGAAAACCGGCUGUAUGAGCUGCAGGAGAAUUUUCAAGCUCUGACCGAGAAGAUAACGCUGAGAAUGGAAGAAAUGGGCGAGCGCAUCGAGAACCUGGAGAAGCACGUUUCCGAGCUCAUGGCAGAGGCUGGCAUAGAAAGCACCGCUCAGGGCUGCAGGCCUUCUGAUGUGGCUUACAGCACUCCGUGUCAGCACCCGUGCCCGGAACAGUGAGCAGUGAUUUGGCCUAGAAGCAGUAAGGUGCGCGGGUGGAAGCCCCACGGAGAACUUGGGCAGUGCUGUCCAACACGUGGUAAUGCAAAACCACAGCGCAGUUCAGGACUGCCAAGGUGCCGUGACUGCGUGCUCAUACUGGAGAACUGAUGAAGUUCUCCUCUCUAGACGCGCAGCGGAUGCCUCAGUUGGUGUUUUCAGGAUUUAUGAAUAUUUAUUCCUUCAGCAUUCCCUAGGUGCUGGUGAGAGCCGCUUCCUGUUGCUGCAAGCUUUGCUAAUUCAGACUGAGACAAGGGGUUGUUACAAUCAUUCAGAGGCUGCUUACACAAGAACAGAAAGAAAUACCUGUAACAUUGUUUAGUAUUUUAGGCAUCUGUUAAUUCUGUUGACUUUCUCUUUGUUACAGAGUGUGAAAUCCCUUUCACAAAUAUACAAGGGCAUCUCAUACAGUAAACUGUAGAGACAUGUUCAUAUUUUUAUGCAGAAUCGCACUCAUGAAUAAUUAAAGACGCCCUUAACCUACUUACUUUCUUUGCAGCACUGAAAUGAGGCUGUGAUGAGGAAAGAUGAAGGGAAACAGCAGAGCACUGAAUCUGGGACUGUAUCAUCAUCUGCAAUCAGUGUCACUAGUCUCAAAGUGCCAGUGACAACCAACACUUGUGUCAGCAUUUUUUCUUCAUUCUUCAGAACAAGUGUUAAAACACUGGGUUUAUCAAAUGAUGUCCUACCGAGAAGAAUAUACUUGAGAAAGAACCACAACUUUGAGAGGAGACAAAAAAAUAAGUAACACUUAGGAUAGAAAACUGCAUCCUAAGGAGUAAAUUAUACUUUCUUAAAUUUGAAAAAAAACCUGAAAGGCUAUUUCCUUUAUUCUGAUACUAUCAUCAUUAACAUGUGAUAUUUUUAUUGCCUUUUUUAACUUAACUGUUUGUAAAUAACAAAGUGCUUCCAUAAAAAGAACUACCCCCUUUCUGCAUGCCUGCUUGAUAUUCCUUUAGAUUUGUAUAUUGCAAAAUGCAGACAUAAAUGUUGAAUAUAUAACCUAUUUUAUAUUCUUGCAAAUGUUCCUUAGCACCAAUUUUGAUUUAUGUUGAGUGAAUAUUAAGUGUUCUGUACUGAAAGGGUACUGCUGGUUCAGUUGAUCCUUUUACUACCAGCCCACCUAAAAGCAAUGUACACCCAUGUAUAUAAACAACACCUAGGUGUGUACAUCUUGCUGAUUUUGGUCAACACUUUGAUGAAAAGAGCUUGUUCUGAAGAAUAAUUGGGUUGAAGAGUAGUUGGCUUUGAAAUAGGAAUUCUAGUUACCAAAUGUUGAGCUUUCUUCUGCUUGUCUUAAAUUUAGACAUGGGUAGCAUGUCUUAAAUUUAGAACAUCUGCCCUAACUUUCUGAUUCUUAUUCACCUCCUCCCCAAAAAUCAUUUUUUAGUAAGGCAAGUUUUAGCGUCUUAACGACAUAUCCAGAAAAUGAAGAUGGAACUGAGGAUGGGGUAAACAAACACCUCAUUAAGGAUAAUUUUCUUUAAAACGUCAUUUUUAAACUUACUAUUUAAAGUCCAUCGUAGGUUACUACUUCAUGAAGAGGUAGCUAUAACCAACACUUUAGUGUGAGUAGACUUGCAAACAAGGCUGAAGAGGGGAGAGAGGCUGAUGUGCUGGAAGACACGACUGCUGUUCUGAGGCCACAAGCUGAAGGGUCAAGAGCCUCCCUCGGAACAGAGGAAGAUCCAGCAGGCUUCAUGGACUGCUCCUUCUCCAUGGGGCAAGUAGACUGUCAGAA